UAUUUCUAGUGUUAGCCAUGCUAGCUGAACUAAGAUACAAAGGCUUGUUAAAUAUUGCAUGUAUGUUAGCAUUGUUAUUGAAGUGAUGAAGUUCCUCUGAUGUCUAGCUUUAACCUGAACCCUGGCCCUCCACCAAGACCAAGAUGAUUAUCAAAAUUCCCAAGAGCUUCUUUCUAGUUUCAUGUGAAGAUAAUCCAGAUUGUAAGUGCUAGAAUCUCUCUCAGAAAAGGUGUCUUGGAAAACCCAAUUUCUAGAUUUAUGUAGCUCUGAUUCCUGGUCAAGAUGAAUCUGAAUUGUUCUGUAUUUGGGAGCUUGUGGCUUACCUUUUAUUUCUUCCUUCAGUCCUGCUACAGGGUGAACAGUUAUCACAGUGACUCCAGCUGUGAAGACAACCCAGUUUUCACACUGAUUCAGGCAACAUUUUGGCUCUAGUUAAUUAUUUCUGAUCUCUCCACGCUGCCACACAGUCUCUACCUACACUGUUCAUUUAGAGGAGAGGUCUCCACUUGUUCAGACAUGUUUAACAUUCCCUGCUUAUUUCUUGUUCUUGUGCUUUGGGGUCCUGUUCAAGGCGGGCCCAUGACAAACCCCCAUCCAAACAUGACGGACCAGGAACUAUUUUGGGGCGCCGACCAGUACGACUUCUCUGUGGUACUCCCUGCUUCAGGGUUGGAGUGCUUCUGGCACUUUGCUCACCGUGGAGAGAAAUUCUACUUGAACUUCAUGGUCCAGUGGGUGACGGGAGUUGGCCAUGACAGACACCUGUCUGUCAGUGUCAAUGCUCCCAGCAGUCUGGUUGUGGGGACUGUUGAUGAUGCGAAUGGUCAGAUUAACUUUGAGGCUGAGGAAACAGGUUUCUAUCAGAUGUGUUUCAGCAACUUCCACAACCACUUUGGCACCAUGCAGGUCUUCCUCAGCUUCGGCGUUUACUAUGAUAGCUUCCAAGAUCCGACCAAAAGCAAGGAGGAAGAGAAGAAGAAGAAAGAGGAAGUCAGCAAAGACCUGAACAACACACUGAGCAUCAUAGAGGAAGCGAGUCACAAAGUGGAGAACUACGUCUUCCACAUGUUUCGCUACUACAGCUUUGGCCGCAUGAGAAAGAGCGCCGACUACUACCUGCUGCAGUCCAACUCGCAGUACAUCACCUGGUGGUCGACGGCUCUCAGCCUCCUCAUCAUCACCUCUGGCUACCUGCAGCUCCUAUUCCUCAAAAGACUCUUCAUCACCAAGACCUGCACCGAGGACGAGAAGCCCCGCUGCUGACAGACUCAGUGUGGUCCAUAGUCUGGAUGUGUAUUUAAAUAUGUCUGCAUGUAUGAAGGAACUGCAGCCACGAAUGAAACCAAAAGGCUGCUGACUUUCUUCCUGGUACUGUAUUUGUGUACUACUAUAUACAAUAAUCCAAAACACCUGUUUUCAGUUUUCUUUUUCAAAAAGAACAGAAAUGUGUUUUCUUUAUCCAAAAUACAUUUUAUUUUCUUCAUUUCAUUAAAUUCACACCUUUUGAAUUUCAAGAUAUUCUUUGUGUUAUUUGAUAGUACAGCUGUAGAUA